AUGUGUCCCCAAUCUUUUCCUUCUUUUCCUGUCUCCCAUCACUCUUUCUUUUCAUAUCUUUCCCUCAUCUCUUUCCUUUUGUAUUUUAUCUGUCACCCAUCUUUUCCUUCUUUUCCUGUCUCCCAUCACUCUUUCUUUUCAUAUCUUUCCCUCAUCUCUUUCCUUUUGUAUUUUAUCUGUCACCCAUCUUUUCCUUCUUUUCCUGUCUCCCAUCACUCUUUCUUUUCAUAUCUUUCCCUCAUCUCUUUCCUUUUGUAUUUUAUCUGUCACCCAUCUUUUCCUUCUUUUCCUGUCUCCCAUCACUCUUUUUUUUUUUCAUAUCUUUCCUCAUCUCUUUCCUUUCGUAUUUUAUCUGUCACCCAUCAUUUCCUUCUUUUCCUGUCUCCCAUCACUCUUUCUUUUCAUAUCUUUCCCUCAUCUCUUUCCUUUUGUAUUUUAUCUGUCACCAAUCUUUUCCUUCUUUUCCUGUCUCCCAUCUCUCUUUCUUUUCAUAUCUUUCCCUCAUCUCUUUCCUUUUGUAUUUUAUCUGUCACCCAUCUUUUCCUUCUUUUCCUGUCUCCCAUCACUCUUUCUUUUCAUAUCUUUCCCUCAUCUCUUUCCUUUUGUAUUUUAUCUGUCUCCCAUCUUUUCCUUCUUUUCCUGUCUCCCAUCACUCUUUCUUUUUCAUAUCUUUCCCUCAUCUCUUUCCUUUUUGUAUUUUAUCUGUCUCCCAUCUUUUCCUUCUUUUCCUGUCUCCCCAUCACUCUUUCUUUUCAUAUCUUUCCCUCAUCUCUUUCCUUUUUGUAUUUUAUCUGUCACCCAUCUUUUUCCUUCUUUUCCUGUCUCCCAUCACUCUUUCUUUUCAUAUCUUUCCUCAUCUCUUUCCUUUUUGUAUUUUAUCUGUCACCCAUAUUUUCCUUCUUUUCCUGUCUCCCAUCACUCUUUUCUUUUUUCAUAUCUUUCCCUCAUCUCUUUCCUUUUGUUUUUUAUCUGUCUCCCAUCUUUUACUUCUUUUCCUGUCUCCCAUCAUUUUUGUAUUUUUUCAUUUCUUUCCCUCAUCUCUUUCCUUUUGUAUUUUAUCUGUCACCCAUCUUUUCCUUCUUUUCCUGUCUCCCAUCACUCUUUCUUUUCAUAUCUUUCCCUCAUCUCUUUCCUUUUGUAUUUUAUCUGUCUCCCAUCUUUUCCUUCUUUUCCUGUCUCCCAUCACUCUUUCUUUUCAUAUCUUUCCCUCAUCUCUUUCCUUUUGUAUUUUAUCUGUCUCCCAUCUUUUACUUCUUUUACUGUCUCCCAUCACUCUUUCUUUUCAUAUCUUUCCCUCAUCUCUUUCCUUUUGUAUUUUAUCUGUCUCCCAUCUUUUCCUUCUUUUCCUGUCUCCCAUCACUCUUUCUUUUCAUAUCUUUCCCUCAUCUCUUUCCCUUUGUAUUUUAUCUGUCUCCCAUCUUUUCCUUCUUUUUCUGUCUCCCAUCACUCUUUCUUUUCAUAUCUUUCCCUCAUCUCUUUCCCUUGGUAUCUUAUCUGUCUCCUAUCUUUUCCUUCUUUUCCUGUCUCCCAUCACUCUUUCUCUAUAUACCUUUCCCUCAUCUCUUUCCUUUUGUAUUUUUUCUGUCUCCCAUCACUCUUUCUUUGAUAUCUUUCCCUCAUCUCUUUCCCUUAGUAUCUUAUCUGUCUCCUAUCUUUUCCUUCUUUCUCUGUCUCCCAUCACUCUUUCUUUUCACAUCUUUCCCUCAUCUCUUUCCUUUUGUAUUUUUCUUCUAUCUUACAAUGAUAUCAUGUUGA